GCGGAGGCGAGCUGCACUGCGCCAGCGCCGGCCAGCGGAGCGAGCGAGCGAGCGAGCGAACCGAGCGCCUGGGACGGAGGAGCGAGCGGGCGAGGCGCGGGCGAGGCUGGGACCCAAGCGCGCUCUCUGCUCCGUCCGCCAAGUGGCAACUUCACGCGGACUGGCUGGGCGCGCACCUUCCCGCGGGGCGGUCAGAGGGAAUUUGAGAUUUUAGGGCUGCGCUCUGUCCUCUUCCCCCCCACCUCCCCCCGGGUUCAAAAUCCCCAUUAAAAAAAAAAAAAAAAAAAAAAGCAAAACAACAGUUAACAGCAAACUUGGCUCUCAUCCCGCCGGCCCCCUCAACUCCGGGCACCAUGAAGGCGGCCGUCGAUCUCAAGCCAACUCUCACCAUCAUCAAGACAGAAAAAGUGGAUCUGGAGCUUUUCCCUUCCCCGGACAUGGAAUGUGCAGAUGUCCCUCUGUUAACUCCAAGCAGCAAAGAAAUGAUGUCCCAAGCAUUGAAAGCUACAUUCAGUGGUUUCACAAAAGAACAGCAGCGACUGGGAAUCCCCAAAGACCCCAGGCAGUGGACAGAAACCCAUGUCCGGGAUUGGGUGAUGUGGGCUGUGAAUGAGUUCAGCCUGAAAGGUGUGGACUUCCAGAAGUUCUGUAUGAAUGGAGCAGCGCUGUGUGCCCUGGGUAAAGAAUGCUUCCUUGAGCUGGCUCCAGACUUUGUCGGGGAUAUCCUGUGGGAGCAUCUAGAGAUCCUGCAGAAAGAGGAUGUGAAACCUUAUCAGGUUAAUGGAGUCAACCCUACCUACCCAGAAUCCCGUUACACCUCGGAUUACUUCAUUAGCUAUGGUAUCGAGCAUGCUCAGUGUGUUCCUCCCUCAGAGUUCUCAGAGCCCAGCUUCAUCACAGAGUCCUAUCAGACGCUGCAUCCCAUCAGCUCGGAAGAACUCCUGUCCCUCAAGUACGAGAACGAGUACCCUUCUGUCAUUCUCCGGGACCCUCUCCAGACAGACACCUUACAGACAGACUACUUUGCCAUUAAGCAAGAGGUGUUAACUCCAGACAACAUGUGCAUGGGGAGAGCCAGUCGUGGUAAACUCGGGGGCCAGGACUCUUUUGAGAGCAUAGAGAGCUACGAUAGUUGUGACCGCCUCACUCAGUCCUGGAGCAGCCAAUCAUCCUUCAACAGCCUGCAGCGUGUCCCCUCCUAUGACAGCUUCGACUCUGAGGACUAUCCCGCUGCCCUGCCCAACCACAAGCCCAAGGGCACCUUCAAGGACUAUGUGCGUGACCGUGCUGACCUCAACAAGGACAAGCCUGUCAUUCCUGCUGCUGCCCUGGCUGGCUACACAGGAAGUGGGCCGAUCCAGCUGUGGCAGUUUCUUCUGGAAUUACUCACUGAUAAGUCUUGUCAGUCUUUUAUCAGCUGGACAGGAGAUGGCUGGGAAUUCAAGCUUUCUGACCCAGAUGAGGUGGCCAGGAGAUGGGGAAAGAGGAAAAACAAACCUAAGAUGAAUUAUGAGAAACUGAGCCGUGGCCUUCGUUACUAUUAUGACAAAAAUAUCAUCCACAAGACGGCGGGUAAGCGCUACGUGUACCGCUUUGUCUGUGACCUGCAGAGCCUGCUGGGAUACACUCCUGAGGAGCUGCAUGCUAUGCUGGAUGUAAAGCCAGAUGCUGACGAGUAACGGACACGGACACGGAAGGGGCUGGGGAAACCCUACUGAGACCUUUCAAAGAACAACUGUGUUGGUUGGACUCUUCGUUUUUAAUUGUUAUUCUAUGUUUAUUUUCCAGAACUCAUUUUUCACAUUCAGGGGUGGGAGCUAAGGGAGCUGCAGCUAUAAUCCCAUUGGCCAUUGGCAAGGCCUGGAAGAGGAAGUCAGGACCUGUGGGGUGGGUGGGGCAAAAAGUUCCUGAGCGGAUUUUCAGGAGGGAGAAAAAGGUCUUCUCAGAGGCCUUGAUGGACCUGGCUUGCAGAGGAAAAAACUUAUGUGUCCAAUCAUUUCGUUUUUAAUCAAAAGAAAAAAUUCAUCUUGAGUUGUGGAUCUACUAGCGGGAGGAAUUGUCACAUUAAGAGUAGAGACUGAUGCAAGUCAGUCAGUUUGAAGGGUGGGAUGAAAACAGAUUCUUCAGGGGAUUAUUAAACUCAAGAAUUAUUAACCUUUCUACUUUUUGAAACAAAGAUGGACUUUAAUGGAAGGGGUUCAGAACUGUUUUUAUGUUGAAGUUUAUUUUAUUAAAUUUUGUGCCAGUAUUUUUUUUUCUUAAAAAAACAAAAAACAAAAAACAAUCGUCUUAAGCUCUAAGGUGGUCUCAGUAUUGCAGUAUUGUGAGUUUGUUGUUAUUUGCUGGCUGAGGAUUCUGUCACAGUGAAAGGCAACUGUUUAUAUAGACCCCACUGGAAAAUCCAAGCUCUAUACUGAGAUCAGAGACCCCAAACUCUUACAGCUAAAGGAAACGAAUGCUGAUUUGGGGACAGGGGAAUAGUGCACGUGAAUGAAUUCCACCUGCGGUUUGUAAAAAAAAAAAAAAACAAAAAAAAUUUCCUGUCCUUUUACUUACUGUCAGGCUUGGACUUAGUGUUAGGUAAGGGGCAUUGAGUCUUUGCACUGAAUGUAUUUUGCAGCUCUGCUUGGGGAUUGUUGUCAACAUAGGAGCACUGUUAAAGUCUUGGGAAGGAAAUCCAAGGAGAAGGAUUAACCUGGUUUUUGGUUAAAUUGCUACCUGAAACAUAGACGACUCAGAAUAAAAGCUGUUUGCAUGGGCAUUACCCCUUGGGUCUUAAGGCCUAAAUGCAUGCCAUUCCAAACUAACAUUCUACAAUUUCUCCUCUAUGUCUUAAUUUCCCCCCGGCAUCCCUCAUUGCUGCCCCUCCCCCACCUCACUAAUCCGUUAGAGCGGAAUGUAAUGCUUUCUGAUAGGUGAAUGAAAGUGUAAUUUUAGCCAUCAAAACAGAAAUCAAAGCGUACAGACUUGUUAGGGUUCAGAGGCCACAGACAUGAAGAGGGUAUUUCAGUAGUAUGUGGCUUGGCCUCCUUUGGGAAGAGGGUUUCCUUUGAAGAAUUGGCGUUGGUCAGGUAGGAUUUCAGGUGAGGCUGCUCGCAGAGGAAGUGGUAGAACGCAUUGGGACUUAAGCUUGACCUGUUGCUGCCUCAGCAGAGGGCAAGCGAAGGUCAGCUGCAGGUGAGAGGAAGACUUGAUGGAGAAAACACAAGGGAAGGAACUAGGUAAGGAAAACAAGGUGGCCCAUGAUGCUUAGGUAUAGUUUUACUUUCCUCAAAGUUUAAAUUCAAAGAUUUAAUUGAGGCAGCCAGCUGGGAGAGGAGACCUGAAAAUAAGGCAUUGUGGGUAAAAACAAAAUAAGGAAACAUGCCUGGUAUCAUUAGAAUCCCUUCCACUGUAUCCAUGCCUAGUUAAGACAGUGACAGUGGACUUGCAUGGGAGAAAAGAGGCAACUGGUCGAGGUGGGCCCACUCCAGGCUCAUCCUACCUGGUAUCAUCUUCAUGAGAGUUGAUGGCUGACUCCCAGAUUCUCUUGAAGACUCUGAAUUAUUAAGAACAUAACUCUUGUUCAUGGGUGUUCUGUACUGAUUGAUUGGAGCAUUCCCACAAGGAAGCAAAGGCAAGACAUUCCAGCUAUAUAUACUUUGAUCUUACAAAUGCAGGUGCCUUAACGAAGCUCUCAAAAUACUUAGGAGCUGCUCAGGGAGUGUUAGGUGGGAUCAUUGGAGUAUGUUGUUUUCUCUUAUAUUAUGUGAUCUUUGUUGGGCACUGGCAGUGUGUGUGUGUGUGUGUGUGUGUGUGUGUGUGUGUGUGUGUGUGACUGUGUGUGUACCCUGUGUACAUUUGUAUAAAACUGCAGCUGAAACAGUCCUGAUUUUCUACUUAAGUCUGUCCACAUUUCCAUAAUGGUGAAAGAGUAUGGCCGGGGCUGAUAUCAUUCUUUGCUCUUUGCGACAGGGAUUAAAAGAAUCACUUUCCCAAGUCAUAGUCCUCCCCCAUAUUCAGUUCAUACUGAACAUGCCCCUUCUGAGAUCCUACCACCUGCAGUCUUCUAGCAGAUAAGACGUAAGAAAGUGCCUCCCACACUCCUCAGCUUGCUAACUUGCCGAGAUGCCCUUUCUCAUUAGGUCCACCACUUUCAAGAUUUGUAGAUAGUAUAUUAGUCAGACAGCUUUGUUGUCCAUCUGGCCAGAUGCUUUUCCCCAUUUUGUCCAAAGGCCAGAGACCAUCCCAGGAAGAGUGGCGGGUGGUUUAUACACUGGAAAUGUAGCGGCUUUGCUGCAUUGAUGCUCUUUGAAAACACGUUCACUUCAGAGGAAGGAUGAGCAAGUCUGAUCUAGCUGGGUGACUCCAUUAUUUUCCCAGAGAAAUGCUUUAACCUGUGUGGUUGGCUUUGGGCUCAGAGUCGGCGGGGGUAAGGAUGCUCCCUGUGUAGAGCUCUGAUGUUGUGGCCAUGGAGACGGGUAGAAGCAUUCUAGAUCAGAGAUGCUCUUCCUCACUUUGGAGACCAACACUCUGGGUUUUAAAGCAUUAACCUUCAUGGUGAAAUCACACCUUCUCUCUUCUAGCCAUGCUGUGCAUGCUGCUUUCUCUGUUGGGGUCUAUAUAAAUUUGUUGAACUCUUACGUACAUUCCAAAGACGUUUCAAGGAACCACAAGUAUAUGUAUACAAAUACAUAUAUGAAGUAUAUAUGUUAAAAUGAAAUUAUCUCUAUCAGGAAUACUGCCUCAGUUAUUGAAUUUUUUUUAAGGAUAUGUUUGUUUUUUUUUUUUAAGCUGAGAAUUAUUGGGGUGAAAAAGAUGUUAUAUUAUGUUUGACUAUUUUCCAACUUGUAUUUUCAUAUAAUUUAUAUUUUUUAAAUGCUGAAAAUUUAAAAGCAAGAUUUAAAAAGGAAAAGCAGGUGCUUUUUAAAAAUCAGAACUGAGGUAGCUUAGAGAUGUAGCGAUGUAAGUGUCUUAAAUGUUUUGUUUUUUUUUUAAAAACAAAUGCAAAAAAAAAUUCUUAUGGGGGAGUUUUUUGUUUCUUUUAGUAGCUGAUGCUGGCACAUCAUUUUGCUGGAAAGUUUUUUAUAUACUGUAGCCUGAUUUCAUAUUGUAUUUUAAACUGUGUGAAAUUAAAGAAACAAAGAAAUUCAUUCAUAA